CGAAGGAGGUGUUGCCGGAAGGGGUGAGUCUGAUUGGCCGGGCGGGGCCGACGGCGUGCGGCAAACAUGGCGGAGCGCGCGAGGAAGCGGCCCUGUGGUCCGGGUGAACAUGGCCAAAGGGUGGAGUGGCGGAAGUGGAAGCAACAGAAAAAAGAGGAGAAAAAGAAGUGGAAGGAUCUCAAGAUGACAAAGAAACUAGAGCGACAGCAAGCGCAGGAGGAACAGGCAAAGCGCCAACAGGAGGAAGAGGCAGCUGCCCAGAGCGAGGAUCGGGGGCGGCACUACACCCUGAGCGUGGCCCUGCCAGGCUCUAUCCUGGACAAUGCCCAGUCACCAGAGCUUCGCACCUACCUGGCCGGCCAGAUCGCCAGAGCCUGCGCCAUCUUCUGUGUGGAUGAGAUUGUGGUGUUCGAUGAAGAAGGCCAAGAUGCCAACACUGUGGAGGGGGAAUUCAGGGGAGUCGGCAAGAAGGGGCAGGCGUGCGUGCAGCUGGCCCGGAUACUGCAGUACCUGGAGUGUCCACAGUACCUAAGAAAGGCCUUCUUCCCCAAGCAUCAGGAUCUGCAGUUUGCAGGGCUCCUGAACCCCUUGGACAGCCCUCACCACAUGCGUCAGGAUGAGGAGUCCGAGUUCCGAGAGGGCGUUGUGGUGGACCGGCCCACCCGGCCAGGCCAGGGCUCCUUUGUCAACUGUGGCAUGAAGAAGGAGGUGAAGAUUGACAAGAACUUGGAGCCUGGACUUCGGGUGACGGUGCGGCUCAACCAGAACCAGCUCCCAGAAAGCAAGACCUACCGGGGGAAGGUCGUGUCUUCGCAGGACCCUCGGACCAAAGCUGGUCUCUACUGGGGCUACACAGUCCGCCUGGCCUCCUGCCUCAGUGCUGUGUUUGCUGAGGCCCCCUUCCAGGACGGCUAUGAUCUGACCAUCGGGACGUCAGAGCGAGGCUCAGAUGUGGCCUCCGCCCAGCUUCCCAACUUCAGCAGGCACGCUCUUGUGGUGUUUGGGGGCCUCCAGGGGCUGGAAGCUGGAGUGGAUGCCGACCCCAACCUGGAGGUGGCUGAACCCAGCGUCCUCUUCGACCUGUACGUCAACACCUGCCCCAACCAGGGCAGCCGCACCAUCCGCACAGAGGAGGCCAUCCUCAUCUCCCUGGCUGCCCUGCAGCCUGGCCUCACCCAGGCAGGUGCCCGGCCCAGCUGAAGGUUCUGUGGGGCCCAGGAUGGCAGAAAAGCAGCAAUGAAGCCAGAGGAUCCCACGGGUUGCCUGGACAGACACACUGGAGACUUGCUUCCAAAAAUAAACA